CGGCUUAGUCUUUCCUAAGCUCCACUGCGGGGGCCGGCUGAGACAGAGCAAGAACCGAAGGGGCACCGAGCGUCCCCUCGAAGGCUGCAGGAGCACUAAGCAUGGAUGGCAGCCGGAGAGUCAGAGCAACCUCUGUCCUCCCCAGAUACAGUCCACCAUGCCUAUUUACAGGACACUUGAGCACCAAGAGCAAUGCUUUUUGCACUGACUCCUCUUCUCUCAGACUAACCACUCUCCAGCUGGUCAAGAAUCACAUGGCUGUUCACUAUAAUAAAAUCCUUUCAGCCAAAGCCGCAGUAGACUGCUCAAUUCCAGUAAGUGUGAAUACCAGCAUCAAAUAUGCAGACCAACAACGAAGAGAGAGACUGAAAAAGGAAUUGGCACGAUGUGAAAAGGAAUUUAAAUUAAGUAAAUCUACAAUGCAGACCAAUUCUAAGAUGAAUUCCAAGUCCUUUUGUAACUCCUUCCAGAAGCACUCAGGGGAACCACAAGGUCAGGAUAUAUUAGUUGGAGAAGUGACAAGAUAUCCAUCAUUUUCGAAGUCAUUCACCCCUUCUUCAAAUGGACUACAUCUUCAGCCUGAAAUGAAUAAAAUUAUCAUGAAUGGCACCCAGAAGUAUCCCAGCACCUCUCCAUCCAGCAUGGCUUGUUCAGGGUCAGCACCCAGGAGCCCGAGCCCUGGGCAUGGCUAUGACAGGAGGCCUGGGAGUGCCUUCCCAAGUGCUCACCGGUUCCAGCUAGUCAUUUCCAAGACACCCAGUGGAGAUCUUUUGGAAAAGCACUCGGACCUCUUUUCUAACAAGCAGUUGCCAUUUACCCCACGCACUUUAAAGACAGAGGCAAAGUCCUUCCUAUCACAGUAUCGCUACUACACACCUGCCAGAAGAAGGAAGGACUGUCCAGACCAGAUGGAAGCUGAAACCCAGACUGAAUUGAGCAGCUUUAAUUCUGAGUCUGGGGCAGCUGAGACAAGGAACUCAAAGGACUCAGAAGUGAACGUAAAGCAGGCACCUAGUUACAUGAUAAACGGUGCUGAAGACAAAAGAUCUCCUUUACCCUCACAAGGACAAAACUUAGACUGGGACAGGAUUAAAAAUGGGACUCUUCAGGAGUCCUCCCAAAGGACACUCUUUGAGCUCUCCACACAGCUUUCUUCAGACAGUAAAAUCUAUCCUGAGGAAGAAGAGCUGCUCUACCUAAACUUCAUGGAAAAUGUGACUGAUGAAAUUUUGAAACUUGGUUUAUUUUCCAACAGGUUUUUAGAACGACUGUUUGAGCGGCAUAUAAAACAAAAUAAACACCAUUUGGAGGAGGAGAAAAUGCGCUACCUGCUGCAUGGCCUGAUGGUUGACUUAGGCUGCAUAUCCGAGGAACAGACAGCAAAGCAAAGAAAUUUCAGAAUGUUGAAUCAGCUUGAUUUUCAAAAGGCUCUGAUUGCAAAACAAAAUGAACCUACAAGUGAUGAUGAUACAGUAAUUCAGCAAGAGCGUCAGCAGUUCCAGAAGGCCCUGGACAUGCUGUCAUCUGUGCCCAAGGAUGAAGACAAGUUGUUCUCUUUACCGGGUGAAUUUUUAAUACCCGUCCAUAAACUGAAGUGUUCAGAAGGUGUUACAAUUCAACAGAUCAAUGAUGAGACAGAUGAGGAAGCCUCGACCUGGAAUGAAAACAACCCAAAUUUUUCUGACAGUUUAAUAGACCAGGAAACCUCUGUGGAUGUUAUUGAAGGUGACAGUGACUCUGAAAAGGUUGAGACUUCCAGGGAAUUAUGUUGUCUUAACACAUCACUGUCCCCCUCUGUUCAGUUCCCCAGCUUCAAAGGUGGCAAUAAUCAUGACAAGGAAUUAUUGACUCUAAAAAUCAUGGAAAUGAGCAUUGAAGACUGACCUGUGGACCUUCAUUAAUAAAUACUUCAUGUGGCCAGUAAAGCAAUGUUACUUUUCUCCUGGUUUUUUUCCUUUUACAUAGUAAGAUUUCUGUAUUUUCAAUGCUAUACAAUAAAUUACCAUAAAUUUAA